GUAAGCAGGCUGGAUAUAAACUCCAUGUUGGUAACUGGGAUCCAUACUGAUCAUUUGGAUAUUUCGAUAUGAAGUUACCACCUGACUGACUCACUUUUACUUUUUCAUAGCUGACUGACUGCUCAUCACAUAUUUUUGGGGGAUACUGACUGACUGGAUCUUACAGGCUUUUUUAAGGCUGACUUGCUGAUUACAGAGCAACAGCUUUUGGACAAACUGUGUUAAGGCUGGCAAGAUGUUGACGGUCUUUGUGCUCCUGUUGCCGUUGCUCCUCUCCUCUCCUCCAGUCUCCUCGUCUCCUCUGGCCAAGGAUCAGUCGGUGUGUGCCAGGACUUUCUGUGGUGCGGGUCGAGAGUGUGUAUCAACGGACAGAGGAGAACCAGUCUGUCGCUGUUUACAGCAGUGUGAUGUGACAGAGCACUGGGUGUGUGGCAGUAACGGCAGAUCGUACAGAAAUCACUGUGAGCUGCACAGAGACGCCUGCAUCACCCAGACAAAGAUACAUGUAGAGCACAGAGGACACUGUCUGGAGAAACCUACAAAGACAGAUGUGAGCCCCAUCGUGUGUUUCCUGUCUGAUCGUGACUGGCUGAGAGAGAGAGUGAUCCAGUGGGUUCAGGAGGAGGUGGAAUCUGCCUCAAAUGUGUCCUCAGCCAAUGACCUCCUGCAAACGUACUUCAAGACGUAUGACAAUGGGGAUUCAGAGCUUGACUCCAAAGAGUUCCUGAGCUUCCUGAAACAUAAUGAGACGGCCCUCAAUCUGACAUACUCUAAUACUUUGGAGACGAACUUGCUACUGAGGUCUCUGUGUGUUGAUGCUUUGAUAGAGCUGUCGGAUGAAAACGCCGACUGGAAACUGAGUUUAACUGAGUUCAUCAACUGUCUGACAUCCACCUACCAUCCAUAUGAAAGAAAGUGUGCUCUGGAGGACGAAGUGUUCGAGGACGGAGCUGAAACUCAGAUGGAGUGUAACAAGUGUGUGUGCGCCUGUGGAAACUGGGUCUGCACUGCACUGACCUGCACUGGGGAGCACCAGGUAGAAGAGGAUGAUAAGGAAGGAGCAGAAGAAGAAGAAAUGACAGAAGAGGAGUGGAGCAGGAGAGUGGCUGAACUUAGUGCUUUAUAGGUGGGCAGUCAACACAACUGCUGCGAUGGGGAAAUGUAUUGAUUGUAAUAAAAUGACUCAUUACCCAAAGAGGAAAGUAUUCUCACUACUUCACUUAUAGAAGAAGGUGUUUGACUGACUAAUAGACUGCAACAUAAUUUAAAGGUCCACUGUGUAGGAUUUAGUGGCAUCUAGUGGUGUAAUUGCAGAUUGAUUCAUAGUUAAUUGUUUAAAACAUGCAAAACAGUGAGGGCAUUUAGAGCCAAAGUACUGGGACUGGGGUUUCUCUCCCUCUUGAUUAUAUAUACUAUAAAGAAUACCUAGAGGUGAGUGAACGCCCCUCGUAUUUCUUCCAACGAGGCCACACCCACUGCACCUGUAGUCAGAAGCCGAGUCUUCUUGAACUGCAGACACAUCAUAGCCUCAGUUUUUUAUCGUACUUUGUAUCGUAUCGUAACUGUUACAUACAGAGAAUGUUUUUAUAGCUUCACAGGAAUCGUCAUCGACCAUUUGCUUUUUAUAUUUUCAUGGAUCUGUUGUUUUACAUAUUCAAAGAUUGUUUGGCAUCUCACCGUUUUCUAUGUACACGUGUAAUACUAGCAGUAUUGCAACUUGUCUAAACCUUGAAUUUUGUCACUAUUUACCAACAAAUAUUUAAGAUUUAAGUCACUAUAAAUCAGCAAAAAAAAUUCUAAAAACUGAUCAUUGGUUGAGUUUGUCAAAACAGUUUGUAUAGGCUUC